GUCGCCAGCUAUGCCAGCUUAAACGACUGCGCUGCAGUCUUUGAAUUCGCACCGUACAGGUCCAAGCCUUGGAAAGCUAUCAAAUACGAUUGGGGGGGGGCCUGACCAGCCCACGUGCGUGGUGUCUUUGUCGGAUGGAGUUGGACAGAGGAUCCACCAUUUAGACCUCGCUCCUCGUGGGGUGCUUGACACUCAUUUGCUCGGCAGUCCGUUUUUUUGGGGCUCAGACCAAACCGUUGGAGAUCAUCGUGAAGGAUCUUGCGGGUAUGCGUCGUACUAGCUCAAGCUCAAGCUUGGGACAGACCCGGAGGAAAGUGAGUCUGACCCUCCGAACGGACCCAGAGGGUUUUUCCAGAGGCUGGGAGGUCCACCCAGUGGCGCGCACCGGGCCACGCUACAGCAUCGGCAAAGCAGGCCUGGUGUCUGAUGGAGAUCGAAGGACCUGGGUGGACAAAGUGGUGAAGGACAAGGUUUGGGUGCCUGGUCCAGGGGCUCAUGCGACAGAGCGGAGCUUUGUCAACCCCGAUGAGAAUGAGUUUGAUGCAAAAAAGUGCAUAGAGGACUUGCGGCCAAAAUAUUCAUUCGGAAAAGCCAUUUGGGAGCCUGCGCUGUCACAUGAUGAGGUGAAACCGCAGAGAAACUCUUUCCGACAUCCAAAGUUCGAUCCGUGGUUCAACCCCGGCCCAGGAGCGCACACGCAGUUCACUGUCUUCAGCCGAAAGAAAGAAGCCGCAAAAUCGUGAUGAUGCUCGUGUGGUUUUGUCGAAGUGGCCAUUUGUUUCCAGAGCAAAUCAAAUCAAGUGAUCAGGUAGACCAAAUAUGGCAUAGGGCAUAGGGCAGGCCCGCAAUCAUUCACGAUCAGGUGGUUCUGCU